UCAUGGCCGCCUUCGGGCUCCUCAGCUAUGAGCAUCGCCCGCUCAAGCGCCCGCGCCUCGGGCCGCCCGACGUUUACCCGCAGGACCCGCGCCAGAAGGAGGAUGAGCUGACGGCAGUGAACGUGAAGCAAGGCUUCAGCAAUCAGCCUGCCUUCUCUGGUGAUGAGCAUGGAUCUGCCAGGAACGUUGUCAUCAACGCCUCAAAGAUUGGCGCUUACUUCAGCAGCAUCCUCGCAGAAAAGCUCAAACUUAACACUUUCCAGGACACAGGAAAGAAGAAACCCCAAGUAAAUGCCAAAGACAACUACUGGCUGGUGACUGCUCGAUCUCAGAGUGCGAUUCACAACUGGUUCACGGAUUUGGCAGGAAGUAAGCCCCUGACUCUCUUAGGAAAAAAGGUUCCUAUUCUCAGUAAAAAAGAAGAUGUUUUUGCUUACUUAGCAAAAUACUCUGUGCCACUGCUGCGAGCAGCAUGGCUGAUCAAAAUGACAUGUGCCUACUACGCUGCUGUUUCUGAAGCUAAAAUCAAGAAACGCCAGGCCACUGACCCAAAUAUCGAAUGGACUCAAAUUGUAACCAAAUACCUCCGAGAGCAGCUGGCAAAGGUUGCUGAGUUCUAUCAUGGGACUUCGAGCCACAGCAACGGCUCUGUUGUGAUGCCUCCAGAGAUGGAACAAGCCCUGAAGCAGUGGGAAUACAACGAAAAGCUGUCAUUUUAUAUGUUUCAGGAGGGAAUGCUCGAGAGACACGAGUAUUUGACAUGGAUACUGGACAUUUUAGAAAAAAUCAGACCCACUGAUGAUGAUCUUCUGAAGCUGUUGUUGCCGCUCAUGUUGCAGUAUUCAGAAGAGUUUGUUCAGUCAGCUUACCUGUCCCGUCGCCUUGCUUAUUUUUGUGCCAGACGCCUGUCCUUGUUGCUAAGUGAUGGGCCCAGCCCUGUAGCUGCCCCCUCCCCUCAUGUGAUCCUUGGACCCAGCAACCCUGCCCUGGCAGUGCCCAGCCCGAGCGCCCCUGGUCCCGGGGUGUGCCCGGCACAGCUGAGCUGCUCCGAGUUCCUCACCUGCCCUCAGCACCGUGCCCUGGUGUAUGGACUCAGCUGUCUGCUGCAGACUGUAACUCUUUGUUGCCCAAGUGCCUUGGUGUGGAAUUAUUCCACAAAUGAAAAUAGGAACAUUAAUCCAGGCUCACCUCUGGAUUUACUUCAAGUUGCUCCAUCUAGUUUACCUAUGCCAGGUGGAAAUUCGGCAUUUAAUCAGCAGGUUCGGGCAAAGAUUUGUGAGGUAGAACAGCAGAUAAAGCAAAGAGGCCGUGCUGUGGAGGUGCGCUGGUCAUUUGACAAGUGCCAGGAGUCAACUGCAGGCGGGACCAUCAGCCGGGUUCUGCACACCCUGGAAGUGUUGGACCGGCAUUGCUUUGACAGGUCAGACUCCAGCAAUUCCAUGGAGACACUUUAUCAUAAGAUCUUCUGGGCAAAUCAGAGUAAGGAUAACCAAGAGGCUGCCCCAAACGACGAGGCCGUGGUGAUGCUGCUCUGUGAGUGGGCUGUGAGCUGCAAGAGGUCUGGGAAGCACAGGGCCAUGGCUGUGGCCAAGCUUCUGGAGAAGAGGCAAGCGGAAAUCGAGGCAGAAAGAUGUGGUGAAUCUGAAGUCCUAGAUGAAAAGGAAUCUCUGUCUUCAGCCUCCUUGACAGGUUCCAGUCUUCCUGUUUUCCAGAAUGUCCUGCUAAGGUUUUUGGAUACACAAGCUCCCUCGUUAUCUGACCCGAGCAGUGACCAUGAGAAGACAGAGUUUGUGAAUUUGGUGCUGCUUUUUUCGGAAUUCACUCGGCAUGAUGUUUUCUCCCACGAUGCCUAUAUGUGCACUUUAAUAUCUCGUGGGGACUUGUCCAUCACUGCAGCUCCCAGACCACGCUCCCCUAAUGGGGAAGCUGUAGAUGAACACUAUUCAAAGGAUCAUGACGUGAAACUGGAGGAUCGUGGUAUUGUGGAGCAUAUGGGCAUUGACUCAGGAACCGCUGGUAUUUUUGAUGAUGUAGACAAGAGUGACUUUAAGGCAGAUUUUGGUUCAGAAUUCCCAAUCUUUUCUCCGGUACCUGGGGAGUCUUGUGAGAGUGUGACCCCUUCCUUCGGCCAAAGGAUCUCAGUCCCCAGCGAGAAGUCAGCCAAGAGGGAGAGGCUGAGAGAACUGAUUGUGCCAUCCAGUUAUGACCUCCUCCGCCACCUGCAGUACGCCACACACUUCCCCAUCCCCCUGGAUGAAUCCUCAAGCCAUGAGUGUAACCAGCGCAUGAUUCUCCUUUACGGUGUGGGGAAGGAGCGUGAUGAAGCGAGGCAUCAGCUGAAGAAGAUUACCAAAGACAUCCUCAAAAUCCUGAACAAGAAGAGCACUACAGAAAUGGGUGUGGGGGACGAAGGGCAGAAGGCCCGGAAGACCAAAGCAGAGGCAUUUCCAACCCUGGAGACUGUGUUCACAAAACUACAGCAGCUGUCCUAUUUCGAUCAACACCAGGUGACAUCCCAGAUCUCCAGCAAUGUUCUCGAGCAGAUCACUAGCUUUGCCUCAGGAACAUCGUACCACCUGCCCUUGGCUCACCACAUCCAGCUCAUCUUCGAUCUCAUGGAGCCAGCGCUGAACAUCAACGGACUGAUAGACUUUGCCAUACAGCUGCUGAACGAGCUGAGCGUGGUGGAGGCCGAGCUGCUGCUGAAGUCGUCCAGCCUGGCCGGGAGCUACACGACGGGGCUGUGUGUGUGCAUCGUGGCCGUGCUGCGGCGCUACCACGCCUGCCUCAUCCUCAGCUCCGAGCAGACCACGCAAGUCUUCGAAGGGUUGUGUGGGGUAGUAAAGCACGUUGUGAAUCCCUCCGAGUGUUCCUCCCCAGAACGGUGCAUUUUAGCUUACCUGUACGACCUGUACGUGUCCUGCAGCCACCUGAGGAGCAAGUUUGGAGACCUGUUCAGUGCCUGUUCCAAGGUGAAGCAGACGAUCUACAGCAACAUCCAGCCCUCAAACUCCAACUUGCUGUGGGACCCGGAGUUCAUGCUGGAUUUCCUGGAGAAUCCCUCUGCUCACAGCAUUAACUACUCGAUGCUGGGCAAGAUCCUGAGCGACAACGCGGCCAACCGCUACAGCUUCGUCUGCAACGCGCUGAUGAACGUCUGCAUGGGGCACCAGGACCCGGGCAGGAUCAAUGACAUGGGGAACCUGUGUGCCGAGCUGACAGCGUGCUGCCCCGUGCUCAGCUCCGAGUGGCUGGGCGUCAUGAAGGCUCUGUGCUGCUCCUCAAACCACGUCUGGGGCUUCAACGAUCUGCUCUGCAGCGUGGAUGUGAGUGACCUGUCGUUCCAUGACUCCCUGGCCACGUUCAUCGCCAUCCUGAUCGCCCGGCAGUGCUUCUCCCUGGAGGAUGUUGUCCAGCACGUCGCACUGCCCUCCCUCCUGGCAGCUGCCUGUGGGGAUCCGGAUGCUGAGCCUGGGGCCAGGAUGACCUGCCGGCUGCUCCUGCACCUCUUCAGGACACCCCAGGUGUGCCUCUCUGCCCAGGAAACAGGGAAAUUAUUUCCUGGGAUUCGUUCUUCCUGUGAUCGUCACCUCUUGGCCGCUGCUCACAACAGCAUCGAAGUGGGAGCUGUGUUUGCAGUUUUGAAAGCAAUUUUGAUGCUUGGUGACGCAGACAUUGGCAGCAGCAGUGCCAGCUCCUUGAAGAGUGAAGAGUUCCAUGUGAGAGGCUUCCUAGAUGAGCCCAACAAGGAGGAAAUCUGGGCUUCCUCUCAUGCUUUGAAACCCUGCAGAAAAACUGUGUCCGUGGAAACUGCCAGUUUGAGCGAGUACGCGAGAUACGUGCUCAGAACCAUCUGCCAGCAGGAGUGGGUCGGAGAGCACUGUUUGAAGGAACCUGAGAGGCUGUGCACUGACAAAGAUCUUAUUUUGGAUCCUGUUCUCUCAAACAAACAAGCACAGAAACUCCUGCAGCUUAUCUGUUAUCCUCAUGGCAUUAAGGAGUGCCCCGAGGGUGCCAACCCUCAGCAGCAGCAUAUCAAGCGCAUCCUUCAGAACUUAGACCAGUGGACUCUGAGGCAGUCGUGGCUGGAGCUGCAGCUGAUGAUCAAACAGUGCACGAAGGAGCCUGGUUCUGGGGCUGUGGCUGAAAUGAACAGCUUGUUGGAUAAUAUCGCAAAGGCGACAAUAGAGGUGUUUCAGCAAUCCGCUGAGCUAAACAAUAACUCUUCUAACUCUGGUAUAGGCCUCUUCAGUCCAAACUCUGUUGGAAAUGCUGACACAAGUAAUACAAGACAGAAUGGUAAAAAGACAUUCCUAAGUUCCUCUGAGCGGCGAGGAGUGUGGCUGGUGGCCCCCCUGAUUGCCAAACUGCCUACCUCGGUUCAAGGUAGGGUCUUGAAAGCUGCGGGAGAGGAGCUGGAGAAAGGGCAGCAUUUGGGGUCAUCUUCUAAGAAGGAAAGAGAUAGACAGAAACAAAAAAGCAUGUCCCUGCUGAGCCAGCAGCCUUUCCUGUCACUGGUACUCACUUGCCUCAAGGGACAGGAUGAGCAACGGGAAGGGCUUCUCACAUCCCUGCAGAAUCAAGUUACUCAGAUCCUCAGUAACUGGAGGGAAGAGCGGUACCAGGACGACGUCAAAGCCAGGCAGAUGAUGCACGAAGCCCUGCAACUGCGCCUUAACCUGGUGGGUGGCAUGUUUGACACAGUGCAGAGGAGCACCCAGUGGACCACAGACUGGGCCCUUCUGCUCCUGCAGAUCAUCACCUCAGGGACUGUGGAUCUGCAGACCAACAAUGAAUUGUUCACGACUGUGCUGGACAUGCUGGGAGUCCUCAUCAACGGGACACUCGCCUCGGACCUGUCGAAUGCCACCCAAGGAGGGCCUGAGGAGAACAAAAGGGCUUACAUGAAUUUAGUGAAGAAAUUAAAAAAGGAGCUGGGGGACAAGAGGUCUGAGAGCAUCGACAAGGUCCGGCAGCUGCUGCCGCUGCCCAGGCUGACGUGUGACAUCGUGGCCUGCGAGCCCACGGGGUCCCUGAUCGACACCAAGGGCAACAAGAUUGCGGGCUUUGACUCCAUCGACAAGAAACAGGGUCUUCAGGUGUCAUCCAAACAAAAGGUGUCCCCUUGGGAUUUAUUUGAAGGUCACAAAAACCCUGCCCCUCUCUCCUGGGCGUGGUUUGGGACCAUUCGUGUGGACAGGAAGGUGAUCAAAUACGAGGAGCAGCAGCAUCUGCUGCUGUACCACACACACCCCAAACCCAAACCACGCAGCUACUACCUCGAGCCCUUGCCCCUUCCUCCAGAGGAGGAGGAGGAGGAGGAGCCCACCACACCUGUGUCUCAGGAACCAGAGAGAAAGCUGGGAGAGCUCUUGGAUCAGGGAAAACAUGGCACGGCUGAUGAGAAGAAGGCAAAGGGCAGGAAGAGGAAGUCAAAGUCGAGCUCCAGAGCUGAGGAAUAUCCACAGCCCAGCUUGUACAGAGUGCCUCCCCCCUGCUCCCCGCUGCCGAUGGCUCACCUGACCCCCCCGGCCCUGUGGGGGUACGGCCUGGGGGCCCCCCCAGCACAGCCCGGGCUCUUCCUGCAGAGCCAGCCCCUCCCUGCAGGUGGUUCCAGGGUGGACUCAGCAGGCUCCUUUGUCGCAGUGAACACGAAGCAAGCCCUGUCCACCAUGCUGCAGCGGCGCUCGGGCUCCGUGCCGCAGCUGCCCUCGGUCCAUGGGAUCCCAGCCCAGCUCCACGUGAAGCUCCUGCAGCAAGAGCAGCAGCAGCAGCGGCUCCUGCGGCAGCAGGUGCAGGCACGGGCUCUCCAGCAGACUGAGCCAUCAGCCCUUGCAGCCCGGUUCCCUGGUUGGAGGGGGACUGGAUGGUUCCUCGGCCGUGGCCCCCCGGCCGGCGCUGGGCGCGGGGCAGCUGGCCCCGGAGCCGGGCACGCAGAGGCAGCACCAGGUGCAGCACCAGCGGAUCUUCCAGUGCCCACCUUCUCUCAGGUGCAGCAGCAGCAGCAGCUGGGGCAGCAGACAGCACUUGGACUGCAACCUGUGCAGCCACAGCAGCCGCUGUUCCCGAGGCCAGGCUUGCAGCAGACCCCGCAGCAGCAGCAGACGGCGGCGCUGGUGCGGCAGCUCCAGAAGCAGCUCUCCAGUAACCAACCACAGCAAGGGGGGAGCCAGUACCCCCACUUCUGA